GCUCAGUGGUUAAGAGCACCAGCUGCUCUUCUGAAGGUCAUGAGUUCAAAUCCCAGUAACCACAUGGUGGCUCACAACCAUCCGUAAUGAGAUCUGACGCCCUCUUCUGGUGCAUCUGAAGACAGCUACAGUGUACUUAGAUAUAAUAAUAAAUAAAUCUUUUAAAAAAAGAGAGAGAAGGAGGGGGAGGAAGAGAGAGGAGAGAAAUAAAUGAAGAUACUGCUCUCAACUGAGAACCCAGAGGUGCCCCGCCAUCGAGAGUCCCAGACAAGAAUGCCAAGAGAGAGCAGAGGGGGAGCAGUGAAGAUCAGGUUUGGGGAGCACAAACAGAAGGUGGACAAUUGAGCAGCUCGCUUGCAAGUCCGAAACCUCAUCCUGGAGGAGGGCGGGGGGAUCUUCCGGGAGACAGCAAAGCCCGACUACAAGGCAUGCCGGGAGCGUGUAGCUCGCCGCUGCCUUGAGAAUGUCAGUGGUUUACUAUGGUCUGAGUGCGUAUCCUGAAAGAGGAAACCCAAAUCGAGACUUGGCCAGAAAUACUUUCCAGAAUGUGAUGUGCUCGAUAUACGAUAAUGCGAGGAGCCGGGCUGCCAGGUUCCUCGAUAGCGAGCCGCGUCGCGGGAAGCGCGAGGUUUGUCGGGAGGCCCGACAAACCGGCCGGAAGUGCUACACCAGCGGCGCAGGGCUCUCUGGGAAGUGUAGUCCUUUGGCUCUGCCCGGGCGGUGGCCGUGAGUCCUGCAACCUGGCGGCCUAUCCAGCCUGAACAAGGGAUGGCUGGCUCCGGAGGCCCCAUUGGGUCCGGGGCCUUGACAGGAGGGGUACGCUCCAAGGUGGCUCCGAGCGUGGACUUUGACCACAGCUGCUCAGACAGUGUCGAGUACCUGACGCUCAACUUUGGACCCUUCGAAACAGUGCAUCGCUGGCGGCGCCUCCCGCCCUGUGACGAAUUCGUGGGCGCCCGGCGCAGCAAGCACACAGUCGUGGCAUAUAAGGAUGCCAUCUAUGUGUUUGGUGGAGACAACGGAAAGACGAUGCUCAAUGAUCUUCUGCGUUUCGAUGUGAAGGAUUGCUCCUGGUGCAGAGCCUUCACCACCGGCACCCCUCCAGCCCCCCGUUACCACCACUCUGCUGUGGUCUAUGGGAGCAGCAUGUUCGUCUUUGGGGGCUAUACUGGAGAUAUUUAUUCCAAUUCUAACUUGAAGAAUAAAAAUGACCUCUUUGAAUACAAAUUUGCAACUGGCCAGUGGACGGAGUGGAAGAUUGAAGGGAGGUUGCCUGUUGCCAGGUCAGCCCAUGGGGCUACAGUGUACAGUGAUAAGCUCUGGAUCUUUGCUGGUUAUGAUGGCAAUGCCAGGUUGAACGACAUGUGGACAAUUGGCCUCCAAGACCGAGAGCUCACAUGCUGGGAGGAGGUGGCCCAGAGUGGUGAGAUCCCCCCAUCCUGUUGCAACUUCCCUGUGGCUGUGUGCCGGGAUAAGAUGUUCGUGUUCUCAGGACAGAGUGGAGCCAAGAUAACUAACAACCUCUUCCAGUUUGAAUUCAAAGACAAGACCGGACAAUACACUGCCCAAUGAGUUGCACUGCUAUGAUGUGGACUUCCAGACCUGGGAGGUUGUCCAGCCCAGCUCUGACAGUGAGGUUGGUGGGGCCGAGAUGCCUGAGCGAGCUUCCUCUUCUGAGGAUGCAUCUACUCUAACCUCUGAAGAGCGGAGCAGCUUUAAGAAGUCCAGAGAUGUGUUUGGCUUAGACUUCGGCACCACUUCAGCCAAGCAGCCUGUCCAUCUGGCAUCAGAGCUGCCCAGCGGGAGGCUCUUCCAUGCUGCCGCUGUCAUCUCUGAUGCCAUGUACAUCUUUGGGGGCACUGUAGACAACAACAUUCGCAGUGGGGAAAUGUACAGGUUCCAGUUCUCUUGCUACCCUAAGUGCACACUGCACGAAGAUUAUGGGCGCCUAUGGGAGGGCCGCCAGUUCUGUGAUGUGGAGUUUGUGCUUGGUGAGAAGGAAGAGUGUGUGCAAGGCCAUGUUGCCAUCGUCACUGCAAGGAGCCGGUGGCUUCGUAGGAAGAUCGUACAGGCUCAAGAGUGGCUGGCCCAGAAGCUAGAGGAAGAUGGGGCCCUAGCUCCCAAGGAGGCCCCUGGCCCAGCUGUGGGCAGGGCACGGCCACCCCUGUUACGUGUGGCCAUCCGUGAGGCUGAGGCCCGGCCAUUUGAGGUGCUCAUGCAGUUUCUCUACACAGACAAGAUCAAGUACCCACGGAAAGGCCAUGUAGAAGACGUGCUGCUCAUCAUGGAUGUGUAUAAGUUGGCGCUGAGCUUCCAGCUGUGUCGCCUUGAGCAGCUGUGUCGGCAGUACAUCGAGGCCUCUGUAGAUCUGCAGAAUGUUCUGGUUGUGUGUGAGAGUGCUGCCAGGCUACAGCUGGGCCAGCUCAAGGAGCAUUGCCUGAACUUCAUAGUGAAGGAAUCCCACUUCAAUCAGGUGAUCAUGAUGAAGGAGUUUGAGCGCCUCUCAUCCCCACUGAUUGUAGAGAUAGUUCGUCGGAAGCAGCAGCCGCCCCCUCGCACACCCUCCGAUCAGCCUGUGGACAUUGGCACAUCUCUGAUCCAAGACAUGAAGGCUUACCUGGAGGGAGCAGGCUCGGAGUUCUGUGACAUCACACUACUGCUAGAUGGCCAGCCACGGCCAGCCCACAAAGCCAUCCUAGCUGCCCGUUCUAGCUACUUUGAGGCCAUGUUUCGGUCGUUCAUGCCAGAGGACGGGCAGGUGAACAUCUCCAUUGGGGAGAUGGUUCCCAGCAGACAGGCCUUCGAGUCCAUGCUACGCUACAUCUACUAUGGCGAGGUCAACAUGCCCCCUGAGGACUCGCUCUACCUGUUUGCAGCCCCGUACUAUUACGGCUUCUACAAUAACCGACUGCAGGCUUACUGCAAGCAAAACCUAGAGAUGAAUGUCACAGUGCAGAAUGUGCUGCAGAUUCUGGAGGCGGCUGACAAGACGCAGGCACUGGACAUGAAGCGGCACUGUUUGCACAUCAUUGUACACCAAUUCACCAAGGUCUCUAAGCUGCCCACGCUGCGGUUGCUGAGCCAGCAGCUGCUGCUGGACAUCAUAGACUCCUUGGCCUCCCACAUCUCUGACAAGCAGUGUGCAGAGCUGGGUGCUGACAUCUGAGGAUCUCUGUUUGGAGAGUGAAGACACCCAACCAAUUGGCCACAUCUCCACCUGCAGAGUGAUCACACCUGUGGGGUCAAGGGUUCUCAGCUUCUACAGGGGGCUGAGGUGUACAGGGACCCCCCAAAGCCUGCACUUCAUUGAGGACACAGGCCCCACAGGGAAUAGCAAAUAAAGCAAACUCCUUUCUAGCUGGCACCUCUCUGUCAGGAGCCAUUUUGCUUGCUUCUGUGAAAGCCUAUCAGGCCGAGUCAAGUCAGGCCAGGGUCUGCUGGCAGAUUUUCUAGCCUGCUGACUCAUGAAACGGUAAGAGGGGAUACACUUGAAGCUCAAGGUGAGGGGCUGAAUGUUCGGUUAAUCUUGGAGUAAGGGACAAGGAGGCCUCCAGAUAGGUACAGAUAUCCAAUGUAUGUCAGCCAUUGUCUCUGCUGGCUUGUGACUUUGUUUCCCGAGAUACUGUAAAGAAUAUAAAGCCUAUGAGAGUUAUUAUUAAACUCAGAGCUGCAGCGGCACUAACUGAACAGCCCUCUCAAUUUCUAA